CUCUCUUUGUAAACGAAAGUUAAAAAUGGAGGACUAUUAGUUGAUUAGAAUGCUAUUUGUCAUUCUAUUUACGUGUUCUUUGAUAUAUGUCAGAUGAAUUUGUUAAUAUAAUUUCAGUUUCGAUAAAUUUAACAAAAUGGGAUUAUUUUCAAUGUCGUCUCCUUUUGACACUGACGUUGAGAAAGCUACAAGUGAAAAAAAUACUUCCGAAGAUUGGGCUUUAAUAUUGGAAAUUUGUGAUGCUGUUGGAAAUUCUCCGCAAAAAGCUAAAGAAUGCUUAAAGGCAAUAGUAAAAAGAUUAAACGCCCAAGAUCCUCACAUUGUAAUACAAGCAAUAACACUUUUAGAUGCAUGUUCGAGUAACUGUGGUAAAAAUUUCCAUUUGGAAAUUGCAUCAAGAGAAUUUGAAGGCGAAUUAAAAAAACUGCUGACUCGUAAUCAACAGAAAAUUGUUGAUAAAACGAAAAGUUUAUUGAAAAAAUGGGCUGAAGAGGAUUUUAAAAAUGAUCCGCAAUUACAUCUUAUUCCAAGUUUAUAUAAUAAAUUAAAAAGUGAAGGUUAUGACUUUUCACAUCUUUCUGAGCCUAAACAUUCUUGUGGAACAUCUUUAUCCACUUCCAAGGAAGAACAAGAUCUUGCUAAAGCAAUUGAAUUGUCAUUGAAAGAAAAUAAACAACACUCGUCUAGUUCUACUCAUGGCUCUCCAGCUUCUGUAAAAAUGACGAGUUUAUAUCCUAAUAUGAGCACCUCGUUAUCAAACUCAAGUACUUCUGAACGUCGGAAAGUUCGUGCUUUGUAUGACUUUGAAGCAGCAGAGGAUAAUGAAUUAAGCUUUACUGCAGGAGAUAUUAUUCGUAUUUUGGAUGACUCUGAUGCUAAUUGGUGGAAAGGUGCAAAAGGUAAAAUAGAAGGACUCUUUCCAGCUAAUUUUGUUACAGCAGAUUUAUCGGCAGAACCUGAUCAUAUAACCAAAUUAGAACAAGGUACAAAAAAAGCUGUGCAAUUUGCAGAAGAGGUAGACGUAAAGAUGUUGAAAAAAGAGCCUGAAGUUAUUGAGGUUGAAAUUGAAGAAUCUAAAAUCGAUAGGCUCUUACAUCUUCUUCAUGAAGCAGACCCUCAAAGUGAAAUAAAUGAUUCACCAGAGAUGCUUGAUCUAGAAGAACAAGUGACAGCUAUGGGCCCACUUAUUGAUACAGCUCUAGAAAAAGUUGACCGACGUCAUGCACAACUGACUCAGUUAAGCUCUGAUUUAGUAGAUGCACUUAAUCUUUACCAUACAUUAAUGCGUGAACCAGUUACAACCACGUAUAACUCAUUACCAAAAAUGCAAUCGAAUAUGAAUAUGUAUCCACCAUAUGUUAAUCAUGUGCCUCACAUGUUCAACGGAAUGGUAACUCACCCAAAUUAUAAUCAAGUAACUGGUCCACCACCGGGAGCCUUUCAAUCAACGGUAACAGGAUUGCCAACUAAUGAAUAUAUAAAUGCUCAUAACAUCUCAGGAAUGGCAAUAUCACAGCAAUAUCACAUGCCAUCUGGUUCUCAUCAACCACCACCUGGAACUCAACCUAUAGGACAACCUACAGGUCCAAAUUCUGUUAUUCAUUCUCAAGUUCCUCCUCUGCAUAUGGGAGUUUCAAGAUCCUUGCAAUCACAGGGAUCAACAUUACCUCAUCAUCAAACAUUACCAACUUCUCAAACAACUUCUGGCCAUCAAGGGCAACCACAUACUGCUGGUGCUACUCAAGUGCAGGCUGUAGAACAACCAGUUUUACCUUAUCAUACUCAGGGAUUUUCAUCACAAGGGAUGCAAAUACCACCCCAAUAUGUAACACCUACUAUUCAAGGAUCUGUAGGACCAAUUCCUGUGACUCAGCCUACUCAAUAUACUCCACUGAGUGGUCAACGUAUGAUGUGAAAUGAAUAUCAAAUAAGAUUAUUUAAUCUGAACUUGAAUAAUUUGAGUCAAAUAUUCAUGAAGAAGAUAUUAAUAAAAUAUAAUGAUAAAAAAAUUCUUCUGAGAACCAAUAAGUGGUAAAGAAUAGAAUUUGAGAUCGGUGAAAUUAUAAUUUCACUAAAGACCUAUGGGAAUACUGAAAAAUAUUUGAAAAUUGAACUUGAUUGGAAUAGAAAUUCACUGUUGAGAAGUGUAUAUGUUGGUGAAAAAUAAAAUCGAAAAAUUUAACGUUAGGAAUGAAAAAGCUAAAAAUGGAAGGUUUAAUUUUAGAUUGUUCAAGACAACACUCUCUUCAGAUAAAUUAAUUAUCUUCAUUAUUUAAUUUUAUUAUAAUAAAGUACUUUAUUAUAUCAGAUUCGAUAUUUUAUUUUUCUCAAUAUGUAUCGUUAUUUAUAUCAUUAAAAUUGUAAUUUAUAGCAAAAAAUAUUUUAAAUUAGAUGA